AUGUCGGACGAUGAUUUUAUGCUCGAAGACGACGAUGAAGAAGACUACAACUUCGAUUAUGAAGAUGACGAUCCAGAAGAACCUGACGUUAAUUUAGAAAACAAAUAUUAUAGUGCAAAAGCUCGAAAAGAGGAAGAUCCUACAGGUGCUAUUAAAGAGUUUCAGAGUGUGGUGGAUACAGAGCAGGAGAAAGGCGAUUGGGGUUUCAAGGCACUCAAGCAAAUGGCAAAAUUAUCUUUUAAAGCUAGCGAUCAUGAAUCAACGCUCAAGUACUAUAAGCAACUUCUUUCAUAUACGAAAUCAGCAGUAACGCGAAAUUACAGUGAAAAGAGCAUAAAUAAUAUAUUGGAUUUCAUUUCUUCUUCCCAAGACAUGGCUUUCAUGGAAGAAUUUUAUUCAACAACUUUAAGUGCAUUAGAAGAAGCUAAAAAUGAGAGGUUAUGGGUUAAAACCAAUCUCAAAUUGGCCAAACUUUGGCUUGAUCGAAAAGAAUAUAAUAGGCUUAAUAAGAUCCUGCGUCAACUCCAUUUGUCAUGUCAAAAAGAUGAUGGAACUGAUGAUCAACGUAAAGGAACACACUUGUUGGAAAUUUUCGCCCUUGAGAUUCAAAUGUAUACCGAAACGAAGAAUAAUAAGAAGUUAAAGGCUUUAUAUCAGCAAUGUCUUCACGUCAAAUCUGCCAUUCCACAUCCGCGUAUCAUGGGUGUCAUUCGUGAAUGUGGUGGCAAAAUGCAUAUGGGCGAGAAGGAAUGGGACAAAGCACAAACCGAUUUCUUCGAGUCCUUUAAAAAUUAUGAUGAAGCUGGUAGUCCUCAACGUAUACAAGUUCUUAAGUACCUCGUUCUUGCAAAUAUGUUAACAGAAUCACAGAUUAAUCCUUUUGAUUCUCAAGAGACAAAACCGUACAAAAAUGAUCCUCAAAUUGUUGCAAUGACUAAUUUGGUUAGCGCAUAUCAGCGCAAAGAAAUUCGGGAAUUCGAGAAAAUUCUAAGAGAUAAUCGAGCUACUAUUAUGGAUGAUCCUUUCAUCCGUACAUAUAUCGACGAUGUUCUAAAGAACAUAAGGACGCAAGUGCUACUUCGCCUUAUUAAACCAUACACACGAAUAGAGAUACCGUUUGUGUCAAAACAACUUAACAUACCUGCACAAGAUGUUGAAGACUUGCUAGUUGGUCUCGUUCUUGAUCAAAAAAUUAAAGGGUGCAUUGAUCAAGUUAACCAGCG